AUGAGGGUUAAAUCAUUGAAAAACGUUGAGGAAGCUAUGCGAGAAAAACAAUCCUCUCAUCUGCCGCUGCUGCGCAAAAACCCCGGCACGGUAAGUCCGAAAAAUGGCACCACCGGAGACUACGAUCUGAGGCAGAUCAAACGGGAAGUAAAUCGGCACAUCAACGGCAUGCGGAAAAAUCUGUCCAGCAAGGUCAAAGAAACCGUCCAGUACUUGGAACGGCACGAUGCAGCCAAUAAUGGUCGACAGCAGCUGCAGCAGCUGGAUGGCAUGGCCGUGAAACGAUUGAUCGGAAACCGGAUGCCGGACUACAACUUCUACGAAACUGUGGUUCAGAACGAUUUGGAGAAUCACAUCGAUUCACUCUUCCGGAGACGGCAGGACGAUGGUGAAGACGAAGCUGAGGACGAUAAUAAAAAUGGUGGAGACACUGUUGUAUCGGUGGAUUUUGACAACUCCAAGGAAGAUGGAUCGGAAUCCGAAUCGCAGGAAGAAGCUCCCGGAGGAUUGGUGGGUUUGAUUGCUGGACUAAGCGGUGGCGACGAAGGCUCAGAUGUGGGUGCCCUGGUUGGAGCCAUUUCAGCUGCCGUGACCAACUUGUUUGGACCUGAUGGAUUGGACAUCCCUGGAUUGUUGGGAACGGGCACAGGAUUGAUUGCAGGUUUACUAGGUGGUGAUGAGAAUUUUGGUAAAGUUUUGGGAAGCUAUGUCGGUAUUGCCAUUGAAGGGUUUUCCGGUGGAGGUGCUGAUCCCGAAGACGAAGAUCUACCACUGAGACCAGAACUUUUCAUCAACAACUUCCUGUCUGGGCUGAAGGAAGCCAAACGAAAGGGUGAUCCUGCUGCAGAGCAUACUGGAUCAAAAGGUUCUGAUCUCUUCGGGUUCAUUGGCAACAUCGUGUCCUCGAUCGUUGGUGGGGUUACCAGUUUGGUGCUGAAUGCUUCGCUCGGAUCUUCCGGAGGAUCUUCGCAAGGAUCGGUGGAUGCAUCGGCUGCUCUUUCCGGCGGAAGCAGCAGUGGAAGUAGUGCCGCUAGCAAUGACUGCCAUAUGCCAUGCAGCUCGGAUAAUACACUCUAGUACCUGUCUAGUAUCAUUCUUCACACAGUCGAUCAUGAUCAUCAUUAUUGUAGUGCCAUUGCCAUUGGCAAAUUCAUCAAUAUGUUUUCUU